AUGAAAGCCACAACCAACCUCGGCUACUCCAGAAACAACACCAACUGCACCAGCGAUAACAAACUCAGCCAAGCCAUUUUUCCUUUGCUUUAUACAAUUCUGUUCCUGGUGGGUAUCACCAUGAACGGCCUGGCAAUGUGGGUCUUUUUUAAAAUAUCCAGCAAAUCCAAUUUCAUCAUCUUCCUCAAGAACACCGUCAUUUCUGACUUCCUCAUGAUCUUGACUUUUCCAUUUAAAAUCCUCAGUGAUGCAAAGUUGGUAUCAUGGGAACUGAGAGGAUUUGUGUGCCAGGUCACCCAGGUUGUAUUUUACUUCACCAUGUACAUUAGCAUUUUGUUUCUUGGUCUAAUAACUAUCGAUCGCUAUCAGAAAGCUACUUCGCCUUUCAGAACAUCAACACCAAGGAAACUUCUAGGUGCCAAGAUUCUGUCUACAGCAAUUUGGAUAUCAAUGUUUGCUCUUUCAUUACCCAACAUGAUUCUAACGAACAAGAAGAAAACGCCUAAGAACGUAAAAAAGUGCGCUCUCUUGAAAUCUGAGUUUGGCUUAGUCUGGCAUGAAAUUGUAAAUUACAUUUGUCAACUUAUCUUCUGGGUUAAUUUAGCAGUCAUAGUCGUAUGCUACAUACUCAUAAGUAAAGAGCUGUACAAAUCCUAUAAAAAGACAAGAUCCAGAGGAAAGGCAUCCAAAAAGACUGUAAAUCUGAAGGUUUUCAUCAUUAUCGCAGUGUUUUUUAUUUGUUUUGUGCCUUUCCACUUUACUAGAAUCCCCUACACAUUGAGCCAAACAAGAGAUGUUUUUGAAUGCUCUGCUCAGAACACCUUGUUUUACUUGAAAGAGAGCACGCUGUGGCUAACAUCGCUAAAUGCUUGCCUAGAUCCAUUCAUAUACUUUUUCCUUUGCAAAUCAUUUAGAAAGUCCUUGCUAGACAUGUUGUGCAAGCACACAGCAUUGUCAGAACUCAGAGCACAGAUGAAGGAGCAGAACGAAGGAGAUGACACAGAUGAGACACCGGUCUAG